GUUUAGUGGUUCUUAACUACUGUAAAAAGAAGUAUCCACAGAUUUUCCAGACUAAACUACUAAUCAAAUAAAAGUUGAAAUGAUUGAGGAUAUUUCUAAUGAAAAGCAACAAAAAAGUGAAGAGAGUGCAAUCCAAAAUGAAGCAGAACUUGAUAAUAAUUUUGAAGAGGUAGAGACUAAUAAUCACAAUCCUUGGAUCAGUCUUAAAGGAAAAAAGGCUUUAGUUACAGGAGCAGGAAAAGGCAUUGGAAGUGCUAUAGCAAUUAAAUUAGCCGAAUGCGGUGCUGAGGUGAUAGCAAUCAGUGGAAUCCCGUCAGAUUUGAAUGAACUGGAGAAAAGUAAUGGCAAGAUAAAGACUCUUUGUUUGGAUGUUGGAGACUGGGAAGAAACAAAAUCUGCUAUUACAAGUAUUGGACAUAUUGACUUACUCGUUAAUAACGCAAGCGUGGGUGUAAUUACAAAGUUUGGUGACGUUAAAGAAGAAGACAUUGAUGAAACUUACAAUGUCAAUUUGAAAGCCAUCAUAAACAUUUCUCAAAUAGUAGUAAAAGACAUGAAGGAACGGGGGAAAGGUGGAUCAAUUGUGAAUGUAUCAAGCAUGUCUUUGAUUCAGACUUCUAACAUUGGAAUGAGUAUCGACUCUUCAAGUAAAUGUUCUGUGGAUCAAUUGACCAGAUGCAUGGCAUUAGAACUUGGACCCCAUCACAUCCGAGUAAAUGCUGUGAAACCAGUAGUGAUGCAUACUCAAAUGUCAGAACAUCUCUUUGAUCCUCACAGCGAGCUGGGAAAGGCCCUGAUAGAGAAAACGCCUUUAAAAAGACUAGGAAAUGCCGAUGAAAUUGCCUUUCCUAUAUUGUUUCUACUGAGUGAUUAUGCAUCUUUCAUUAAUGGAGUCAUUUUAACUACAGAUGGAGGACUCACAACUUGUUUUCAGUAGUUAAUUUUUUGUUUACAUUAGAAGCUUGUGUGGCAACCACUGAAACAUAUCUAUACUGUAAAAAACUUCCGUGUAUCUGAACACCAAAAAUGGCAGCAAGUACUUUUAACCACUUUGGUGUUUAAUUAAGUUCUAAGGUUAGUUCUUGGUGUAGCGAUACAUCUAGAAUUUUCUCUUUUACUUCUUGGUGUAAAGCAGCCACUACCACGUUAGUUAUUUAGUAACGCUUUCAGUACUUAGUACUUUUCACCACUUUGGUGUUUAAUUAAGCUUUACACUGCACCAAAAUGAGGAUAGUUCUUGGUGUAGCGAUACAUCUAGAAUUUUCUCUUUUACUUCUUGGUGUAAAGCAGCCACUACCACGUUAGUUAUUUAGUAACGCUUUCAGUACUUAGUACUUUUCACCACUUUGGUGUUUAAUUAAGCUUUACACUGCACCUAAACGAGGAUAGUUCUUGGUGUAGCGAUGCAUCUAGAAUUUUCUUUUUUACUUACAUUGGUGUAAAGUAGCCACUCUACGAUCUUAGUUUUUCAGUCACACUAAAACUUAUAAUCACAGUAAGAUAUGAUACACAUAGGAAUCAGCAAAGUUACUUAUAUAGUACAAUAUGCAAUAUAAAGCAAAACUCAUAAAUUUAUGAUAUAUAUAUAUAAAAUAUUUGUUAAAAUAAAAUUUUUUUUCUAAUCUCAACACAGACGGAAUAUUAAUAUGAAUUUAUUUAAAAAUAAAAUUCCUUUAACAGAUAUUUAAGAGAGAUGAAAGAUCCAAGCUUUAAAAUAAAUGAGUCUAUGAAACAUAAUAUAUUAAGAAUAAGAUAUUUUCUUAAAAACAAUUUUUUUCUGACGUAUUUCUAACCUAUAUCUUUAAAACUCUAUUUUUUUCUUAACUUUAUUCUGACCUAUUUUCUAAUCUAUAUUAUUGUUUUUUUUCCUGUUUUUUGCUUUUUAUAUAUUUUAUAAUUGUGGAAAUAACGUAUGUAACAUGUAUAAAAAUCUAUACAUUAUUUUUUGCUUCUAAGGUAAUUGUUGUAGAAAUAACAUGUGUAACAUGCAUAAAAAUCUAUAUUAUUGUAUUGGUGAUGCAUUAAACAAGGA